AUGAAGAAGAAACAGUCUCAUGUAUCAUGUCGUGAGUACUAUUCGUAUAAGUUACAAAUUAGGCCUUCUGAUAAGUCUGUGUUGCUUCACUCUGAUAGACUUUUUCAACAAUAUGUUGUGAAUAUGUAUGUUAAAAUAGAGACAUCUAGAUUAGAUUAUUUUCGUAGUAAUCAGAAACAAAUUCGUGCUGAACUUUAUCAAAGUAUCGUAGACAGUAUACAUAAUGGAGAAAAAAGAGGGUACAAAAUUGGAAAGAAAUUUGUUUUACCACACUCCUUUACAUGUGGACCUAGAGAUAUGCUAAGGAUGUGCUUAGAUGCUAUGGCUCUUGUCCAACGUUAUGGAAAACCAGAUUUAUUUAUAACUAUAACAUUUAUUGUAAAGCACAAUAUGCAUGAUCCUAAUGGAAAUCUAAAUCCUAAAAACACAUGCAUGGAGAACAAUAGUUGUUGUAAAAAUAAAUAUCCAAAGGAUUAUUGUAAUAGUACUAUGUUUGGAGAUAAUUCGUACCCACCGUAUAGGCGGUGUAAUAUUGGUAUUUACGUUAAAGUGAGAGGUAAAAUGUUAGACAAUCAAUGGGUUGUGCCAUACAAUCCUUAUUUAAGUGCAAAAUUCGACUAUCAUAUCAAUGUUGAAACAUACAAAGACAUUGAUGAAAUUUUUACUUACCAAUCUGCCAGAUGGAUAUCUCCACCUGAAGCUAUGUGGAGGAUUUUUGCUAUCAAUUUAUCGAAAAUAUAUCCAGUUGUUUGUGUUUUACAACUUCAUAUUGAAGAUCAUCAAUGGGUAACUUACAAAAAUACGGACAAUUUAUCUUCUAUUAUUGAGAAUGAAAAUACGAGAAAAACUAUGUUAACUGAGUUUUUCCGAGUAAAUAAAAUAAAUGAAUUUGCUCAAAUGCUUUUAGGUCCAACAUCGUUUGAUGAUUUAAGAACUUUCAAUGGGGUAAAUGUUGGUAUAUUUUGUGAAGCUGCGCUUCUCUAUGGUUUAUUAAAUGGAGAUACUCAUUGUGAAGAAUGUUUAUCUGAAACCAUUAUUUACGAAAUGCCUUAUUCUUUAAGAAUUCUUUUUGCUACGCUUCUUACAAUGUGCAAUCCAAAUAAUCCUAAGUUACUGUGGGAUAAAUUUAAGCCUUAUAUAAUAAAUGAUUAUGUAAAUGAAAAUAUGCCCGCUGAAGUUGUCGAAGUACAAGCUUUAGAGGAUAUAAGUUCUAUUUUAGAAUCAUUUGGUAAAAAUAUAAACGAUUAUGGAAUUGUGUCAUUUAACGUAAAUAUAGACGACGAUGAAAUAUUGAUGAGAAUGGUUGUAGAGGAACCAACGAAAUUGGAUAUUAAAAGAAACUUUAGUUGUGCAGCAACGUUAAAUAAAGAACAACAAUUUACAUAUAAUACAAUUAUGGAAAAAGUACAAGAUGAAUCAAGUGAAAUUUUUUUUAUCGAUGGUCCGGGUGGGAAGGGAAAGACUUUUUAUAUAGAGCACUAUUAG